CCUAUUUAAUUGAAACACACCCUAAAUACAACACACAUUCGGUCUAGUUCUCAAGUAGUUUGCUUCAUCCCGCUUUUGUCUGCUAAACCCGACAUCGGGCAUUCUUAAAAAACCAUUCUUUUUGUAUUUCUGAACAAAAUAAAUAGUAGAAUUAAGUACAAUGACAUUAAAUCUAAUCAGAACUUCGUUUGUCAGUCAUGGAUUGCGAGAAUUUAAGGAAUCAUCGUCGUUUUUAAUGUUAAAUCUGUCGUUCCGCACAUCAGCAGUUUAUAAGGGCAGUAAGGAUUCUGGUAAAGGUUAUCGAAUUGAAAAGGACACUUUUGGGGAAUUAAAAGUUCCUGCUGACAAAUAUUAUGGAGCACAAACAAUGCGAUCAAUGAUAAAUUUUCCAAUUGGUGACACCUUUGAACGAAUGCCUUAUGGAGUUAUUGUUGCAAUGGGCAUAUUAAAAAAAGCUGCAGCGGAGGUAAAUAAGGAAUUUGAUUUAGAUCCGAAAAUAGCAGAUGCAAUAAGCAAAGCUGCUGAUGAUGUUAUAUCUGGAAAACUUUAUAAUGAUCAUUUUCCAUUAGUAAUUUGGCAGACAGGUUCUGGUACACAAACCAAUAUGAAUACUAAUGAGGUAAUCUCAAAUCGUGCAAUUGAAUUGCUCGGUGGUGAGCUUGGUUCAAAGAAACCUGUGCAUCCAAAUGAUCAUGUAAACAAAUCUCAAAGUAGCAAUGAUACAUUUCCAACUGCUAUGCACAUAGCUGUUGCUUUAGAAAUCAAUAAAGUAUUACUUCCUGGAUUAGAGAAAUUGUAUGAGGCUUUAAAUGAAAAAGCUCAAGCAUGGAAAGAUAUCAUAAAAAUUGGUAGAACUCAUACUCAAGAUGCUGUGCCUUUGACAUUAGGACAAGAAUUCUCAGGUUAUGCAACACAAGUUUGCAAUGGUAUGAAAAGAGUAUCUGAUACUCUUCCGCGACUAUAUGAAUUAGCACUUGGCGGUACCGCAGUAGGUACAGGACUGAAUACUCGAAAAGGUUUUGCAGAAAAAGCAGCAAAGAGAAUAGCAGAAAUUACUGGUUUACCUUUUGUAACAGCUCCAAAUAAAUUUGAAGCUUUAGCUGCACAUGAUGCUAUGGUAGAAGUGCAUGGUGCACUUAAUACAGUAGCAGUUUCACUUAUGAAGAUUGCUAAUGAUAUUCGAUUUUUGGGAAGUGGACCUCGUUGUGGAUUAGGAGAAUUAUCACUUCCUGAGAAUGAACCAGGAAGUUCAAUAAUGCCCGGGAAAGUUAAUCCGACGCAAUGUGAAGCAUUAACUAUGGUCUGUUCUCAAGUAAUGGGUAAUCAGGUUGCUGUAACUGUGGGUGGAAGCAAUGGUCAUUUUGAAUUAAAUGUAUUUAAACCUCUAAUUGUUGCAAAUACAUUAAGAUCUGCAAGACUUUUGGGUGAUGCUAGCGCUUCGUUUACCAAAAAUUGUGUUGUUGGCAUUAAACCCAAUACAGAUAGAAUUAAACAACUUCUAAAUGAGAGUUUAAUGCUUGUCACGGCAUUGAAUCCACAUGUUGGUUACGAUAAGGCUGCUGCAAUUGCGAAACAAGCACACAAAGAAAAUCUUACAUUGAAAGAAUCGGCACUAAAGAAUGGCAUAACUGCUGAACAGUUUGAUCAAUGGGUUAAACCUGAGAACAUGAUUGGUCCAAAAUAAGUGCUAAGUAGAGUAGAAAGAACUAUUGGAAUCAACAUUUUUUAUACCGCCUUGACUAUCGAAGUCGUUAUUAUAUCUUUAAAAUAAUUACACCUAUGUGUUGAAUAUUAAAAUAGAAUGAAAAAUAAUAAAUAUAA